GUCACUACGCUAGAUUGAGUGGAAAUAGCUGUCGCUACAGACGGCUACAAAUACUACAUUAUAAGCAUUAUGAAUGAUAUAAUUAUUUACAUUUUACAUUUAAUUUGAUUUUCAUUACAAAUUACGAUAUUUUAACCAAUAUUUACUAAUAUAUAGAUAACUAAUAUGUGAUUAGGUUAAAUUAUUUUCAUACUUUCAUCCAAAUAAAAAAUUCAAGUAUGCCUCCAAAAAAAAAUGCAAAUCCUUCAAAGGCAAAUAAAUCUAAAGCUGUAGGAACUGGAAAAGAAGAAAAAAAAGGAGGAAAUGCUGUGAAAGUUAGACAUAUACUAUGUGAGAAACAAUCAAAAAUUUUGGAAGCUUUGGAAAAAUUGAAAGGUGGAGAGAAAUUUAACGAAGUUGCUACUACGUAUAGUGAAGACAAAGCAAGAUCUGGGGGUGACCUUGGAUGGAUGACUAGAGGAUCUAUGGUUGGACCUUUUCAAGAAGCUGCAUUUGCAUUACCAAUCUCUUCUAUUAGUUCUCCAAUUUACACAGAUCCUCCAAUUAAAACCAAAUUUGGCUAUCACAUUAUAAUGGUAGAAGGUAAAAGAUGAAUAAUUUAUAAACAAUUUUAUACAUUUAAUACAUAAAUAUGCAUAUAUUCAAUUUAGUUUUAUGCAAUUAUCAAUAAUUUGUAUAAUAAUGUUUAUUAAAUAAAUUUUUAUAUAACACA